GUUUGAAGACCUACCUGAUCUCUGGUCAGAAGGUGAAGGAACCCCACUGCAGCUGUUCACAAGCAUUGCUUCCUGGCUUGGAGUCCGGAGAUGGAGCCAGGAUUCAGGGGGCAUCGUCAUCUGAGAGCGCUGGUGACGUGACAAAGACUCUCAAACAUGCAGAAAAACCUAAGCCUUGCCCUUCAUGUAGUACCACCCUUGCUCCCCACUGCGAUGUCAGCAUAGACGAAGGAGCUAUCCAAAAUGGUUGUCAGGAUGAGCAUAAAAACAGUACGAAGGCUCCAGGAGGACACAGUCCAAAGACUCAGAAUGGCCUUUUGAGUCCCCCACAGGAAGAAAAGCUGAGCAAUAGUCAAACCUCGCUUUAUGAAAUGUUGCAAGAGAAAGGAAGAUGGGGUGGAGUGAGCCUGGAUCAAUCAGCUCUCCUUCCUUUGAGGUUCAAAAACAUCAGAGAAAAGACAGAUGCGCACUUUGUGGAUGUGAUUAAAGAAGACAGCCUUAUGAAAGACUACUUCUUUAAACCGCCUAUCAACAAGCUGAGCCUCAACUUCUUGGACCAGGAUUUGGAGAUGGCCUACAGGACGAGCUAUCAGGAAGAGGUUAUUAGGAAUGCUCCAGUGAAGACGUUUGCCAGCGCUACCUUCAGCUCGCUCCUGGAUGUGUUCCUCUCCACCAUAGUCUUCCUCAUACUCUCCAUCACGUGUUUCCUGAAACAUGGCAUGGUCGCGUCCCCUCCACCACCUGCAGCAGUCGUGGUGUUCAUCAUCGCCAUCCUGCUAGAGGUGCUGUCACUUGUCGUCUCAAUUAGAAUGGCGUUCUUUCUGGAGGAGGUGAUGACUUGCACCAAGCGUCUCCUGGAGGUGAUAUCUGGCUGGCUGCCUCGACAUUUUUUUGGUGCAAUCCUGGUUUCUCUCCCAGCUCUUGCAGUUUUUUCACACUUCACCUCUGAUUUUGAAACAAAUAUACAUUACACCAUGUUUAUGUGUUGCGCGAUUUUGAUCACCAUUGUGCAGUACUGUAACUUCUGCCAGCUUAGCUCCUGGAUGAGAUCUCUGCUGGCAACUGUAGUAGGAGCAGUGCUUCUCAUUCUGCUCUACAUCUCCUUCUGUCCAGACAGCUCCAUGGAAACUUUUCAUCCAGAUUUGGCACAGAACUUUAGCUCCAGAAGAAGUCCAUGCAACAGUUCGGUGCCAAAUGACAUGAAGAGGCCAGCAGACCUGAUCGGUCAGGAAGUGAUUUUGGUUUCCUUCCUUCUGCUCCUCCUGGUCUGGUUUCUGAAUCGAGAGUUUGAGGUCAGUUACCGCCUCCACUACCAUGGAGAUGUGGAGGCUGAUCUUCAUCGCACUAAAAUUCAGAGCAUGAGGGAUCAAGCUGACUGGUUGCUGAGGAAUAUUAUUCCGUACCACGUGGCCGAGCAGUUGAAGGUUUCCCAGAGCUAUUCCAAAAACCACGACAGUGGUGGAGUAAUCUUUGCAAGUAUUGUGAACUUCAGUGAGUUCUAUGAAGAGAACUAUGAAGGAGGCAAAGAGUGCUACCGAGUCCUGAACGAAUUGAUUGGGGAUUUUGAUGAGCUGCUGAGCAAACCACAUUACAGCAGCAUUGAGAAAAUUAAAACAAUUGGGGCAACGUACAUGGCUGCUUCGGGACUGAACACCUCGCAGUGUCAGGACAGCAACCAUCCCCAUGGACAUUUGCAGACCCUUUUUGAAUUUGCCAAAGAAAUGAUGCGAGUGGUGGAUGACUUCAACAACAACAUGCUGUGGUUUAAUUUUAAACUGCGGAUUGGCUUUAACCACGGCCCCCUCACUGCUGGGGUCAUUGGCACCACCAAGUUGUUGUAUGACAUUUGGGGUGACACUGUGAACAUCGCUAGCAGAAUGGACACCACUGGCGUCGAGUGUCGUAUACAGGUGAGUGAGGAGAGCUACCGCAUCCUAAACAAGAUGGGGUAUGACUUUGACUAUAGGGGAACGGUCAAUGUGAAGGGGAAAGGUCAGAUGAAGACCUACCUUUACCCAAAAUGCAUGGACAACGGGAUCGUGCCGCAUCACCAGUUGUCUAUAUCUCCAGACAUUCGGGUUCAAGUGGAUGGCAGCAUUGGGCGAUCUCCGACGGAUGAGAUUGCCAACCUGGUGCCUUCUGUACAGAAUUCUGAUAAGAUAGCCCAUGGCACAGAUAGCUCAGAAACCAAGGACAUCCUUCCUUCCGCCAAGAAGCUCCAGAAAGAUGCGACGAGAGCAGAGGAGAGGUGCAAGUUUGGCAAAGCAGCCGAGAAGACUGACUGUGAGGAAGCGGGAACUGAGGAGGUCAAUGAACUGACAAAGCUAAAUAUCUCUAAGAGUGUAUGAUGCACUGUCAGAGUUGCAUGAAGUGCUCUGUCCAUAGAAACACAAAGACACUUGCAA